AUGCCUUUGGUUACUGUCGUAACUGUAUCGUCGGAGAAGACGUCCAUGCCAAUUUGUUAUGGCCUUCUUAAUAACGAACAAGUUGCUACUUAUGAGUGGUUCCUCCAACAGCUGUCGAGAUUCCAACAAGCAGGCAACAUCGCGCCGCCAAAAGUUAUUAUCACGGAUAAGGACGACCAGCUGCGUGCUGCAGCACGGCAAAUAUUUCCUAAUGCGCAACUUCAGCUAUGUGUCUUCCAUAUCAACAGCAAUGUGGUCUUAUCUAUUAAGAAGUGGUGGAAGAAAACCGAUGGCUCUGAGACAGAUAGCGAUAGUGACAAUGCAGAUACUGCUGACAUUCAAGAGAUGGAACGUGGGAAUGUCAACGUUAAAGAUAUGAAGGAUUCCAAACUUGGCCCUGUUCCCAAACGAGAGAUCGGAGGAGAGUUCAAUCAAGCAUGGCGGCAACUUCAAGAGACCUUUGAACACCAGGAGCGCAUUCUGAGUUAUCUCAAGAGCACAUAUUUACCUUUGAAGAAAGAAUGGGCAUGCUGCUAUACUCGCCAUUAUCGGAACUUCGGUUUGUUUACGACAGCACCGGCCGAGUCAAACCAUCAUUCUCUGAAGACCUACAACCUAUCCCUUCGGUCCGACCUCCCUGAUGUCGAAGAGGCCACAGCUAGUCAGACAGUGGAUAAACGUCUGCUAUAUAAAGACAAAAUACAACAAGCAAACACCACCAUUCGGAACCAGUUCUCAGGAAGAGAGUGGCUUGGCCAGCUGCCUUUAAGUGUCACUCGUUGGGCACUAGACCAACUCAACGAGAUCCACAGGCCUAUGGAAUCAGGCCAGAUCUCCAAGAAGCCUUUACUAGCGUGUACAGGCUCUACUAAGGCUCAAUACGGCUUGCCUUGUGCUCACAUGCUCCUCAGGUUAGCUGAUCAAGAUAAGCCACUGAAGAGGGAAGACUUGGAUCCAUUUUGGCACAUCAAACGAUCUCGAGAAAUUGACGAUCCUCUUCUUCAGGUACAGCGUCCUCCGAUGGGAAUACCCAAGGGACGACCACAAAAUGGCGAACCAUUUGGCAACGAACGUGCGAUUCCCGAUCAUCAACUUGCGCCUCAAGGGUCAACACGAAGUGGCGUUAAGAGGUCAGCACGUCGGAACUACUCUCAAUUCGAGCUAGGGUCAACUCUUGACGAGGAAGACGCAGCCGACCUACCAGACCAACAACAGCCUCGGCGAAAACGGAGUAAAGUUUCUGCUAGAGUCACAACUCGAGUUACUCGUCAACAGGCAAAGGGACACAGGGGCGGGUCCCCAAUAAUCCAGCUAAACAGCAUCAUUCUCCAGAUGUAG